AUGACUACUCUCACUGUCAGGGACAAGGAUACCAUCAGGGCCUUCUGGGCUAAGAUUUCAACCCACGCACCGGACAUUGGCAAGGAUGCUCUGUCCAGGAUGAUCGUGGUCUACCCCCAGACCAAGACCUACUUCGCCCACUGGAAGGACCUGAGCCCCGGAUCUGCCCCCAUCAAGAAGCACGGAGUGACCGUGAUGGGCGGCGUGGCCGAGGCCGUGUCCAAGAUCGACGACCUGACCGCAGGUCUGCUGAACCUCAGCGAGCUGCACGCCUUCACCCUGAGGGUGGACCCCGCCAACUUCAAGGUUGCUGCUCACAACAUCAUGGUGGUCAUGGCUAUUAUGUUCCCCAACGAGUUCACCCCCGAGGUGCACGUGGCCAUGGACAAGUUCCUGGCUGCUGUGGCUCGCGCCCUGGCCGAGAAGUACCGAUAA